UGCAUGCAGUGAUAACGACAAAGCUUCCCGAUAUGCUAGUUGUAGUACAGCGGGAACCCCGAGAUAAUUUCGCAACUAGUGCACCCCACAUGGGAUCAGUCGGUUGGCGAGGUUUGCUCUGAAAAGUCGUAUAACUAUGGAGCGGGAGAACUACAGUGCGGAAUAUUUCGAGAGAGCUUUGGCGCGAGCUUACGGUUGUGAAAUGCUUCGCGUGGAGAACUUUCACAUCAAAGCGGUGAGCCAGAAGGGCGAGAACUUUUGCAGCGUCAUCUACCGGGUGGCGUUGGACUUUCGCAGGUCCCCCGAUGGCGCCCUCGAAUCGGGAAAAUACAUUCUCAAGGAUCUGCUGCCCGCCGUGGCUGCACUGGGCACAAACGAGAAGGAUAUGUUCGAGCUGGUUCUGCCAGCCAUGUCAGCGAUUAUCGAAGGAGCUCCAAAGGAGAUUGGCGAGCACAAGCUGAGCGCAGACUGCUUGCUAGUCGAGAUAUCUGCUGGAAAAGAGCUGUACAUCCUGGAGGAUCUGGGCGCCCUGGGCUACAAAUCUUUUGAUCGCCUUCAAGGCUUAAACCUGGAAGAAGCCAAGAGCUGCGUAAGGAAACUGGCUCAGUUCCACGGUGUCUCCAAGGUUCUGUUUCAGAACAAACCCGAAUUGGUGCAAAGGCUUGCGCCUUCUAAUUAUGCCAAUGGAAUAAACGAUCGCUUUACCAAGGCUCUCGUAUUGGAUGGCGUCAAAUAUGCCGCAGAAGCGUUUGCCGAUGAACUGCCAGAGAUAUCAAGGAAGAUGAAGGCUCAAGUACCAAACGCAUUUACGCAAAGAAUCCGGGAUGUCGUUGAUCCAAAGCAGUCAUCGUUGAACGCACUUAUUCAUGGCGAUCCCUGGCUAAAUAACAUAAUGUUUGAUCCAGUCACUAAGAAGGCAACACUUGUGGACUUCCAGAACUGUUACUGGGGAAGUCCGGCGAUUGACCUGUAUUUUCUGUUUUACACCAGCCUUAAGCCUGAAUUACUGCUAAAUAGUCAAGAUGAGCUCCUGAAUCACUACUUUGACAACCUUCUAGAAACGUUGCGGCAUUGCGGCUAUAACGACACGCUGCCCACUUUUGGCCAAUUAAAGGAUGAGAUGCAGCGGUGUCUGUUUUAUGGUUAUUACACUGUUGUUUGUGAACUUCCCAUAUGCUGUGCUUCCCCUGAAGCAAGUGUCGAUUUCGGGAUUCACACCUUCGUAAACUCGGAUGCUCUGUUACAAAAGCGCCACCAAUUAUUCGCCAGCGAACGAGUUCGUCAGACCAUAAAGGCCACGCUGCCUAUGUUGGAUCAGGAGGGUAUACUAGAAACCCCCUAAAGAAAAUUCCUUUUCUUAAUCCCUUUUGUUUAUUACAAUGUUAAGUUUGUCUUGUCAGUAUUUGCUAUGGAAAACGGUUUCUGCUCUUUUUAUAAGCAAAAGUUAUUAUAGGUAAUAACAUUCUUUUACCUUUUAGCUAAACAAAUUGCUGUCUAGCUCUAUUUAAUUAAAAUUAUUAC